CGGCAACAACAUCACAGGACCAAUCGAUUGCUGCCCGGUCUCUGGCGCGAGGGGUUGUCCAUCUUGUAUGGCUGUCCGCCAACAAUCAUCAUGCCACUCAUGCACGCGCGAGCCCGACGACUAGACCGACGUGGCUACCCAAGACUGGUUGCCAUGGCCUCGACCUCAAGUACAAUUUACGCCCGACUUUGCUGAGGCUUUAUUUUAGAAGCUCACAUGCCUGGCGGCGAGGCAAAACUCUGUUUUCAAUCGACGCUUCGCAGUCGGUCAUUUUUCAUGCUCAGCCGCCCACUUGAGACAUGAUGGCCGUGGAUUCCCUGACUAGUCUUGAGGGCUUGCUGAUGGCGCUUGGGGUUAGCAGCACAAUACCGGCUUUCCCAGAUUCAGACGUCCUCUACAAACCGUCUGACAUACAUCGGGCAUAUCUGGCGGAGACGGCCUCGAAACUGCUCGAUGUUCCGGCGGCGCUGGCUUACGAGUCUGUGCAAGUGAGGCCAGCGGCCAAUGCCAAGGAUAAUUCAGAUCUAGAUCUCGUCCUCCCGAAGCUCAAACUCAAGAGCAGCAAGCCAAAACAGAUUGCGCACGAAGUCUCGAACAAGUUCGUCUCAACGCCGCUGUUCCAGAGACCAGUUGCGGAUGGCGUGCACCUCCGGUUCUUUUUCUCUCACCAGACCCUGCCGCAACUUGUGCUUCAUCACAUCAGCAGCCAAUGGGCCGAGUACGGGUCCAACGUUGCCUGUGCGAAACGCGAUCUUGGCUCCUCAGCUGGGGCGGCGGCCCCAAAGGUAGUCGUCGACUUCUCGCGUCCCAAGCUUGCCAGCAAGUUCACACUGGCAAACCUACGAAGCACCGUGGUGGGCUCGCAAAUUGCCAACUUGCACCAGUCCAUGGGCUGGGAUGUUGUCAAGCUAAACUACCUAGGUGAUUGGGGCAAGGACCUUGGGCUCCUCGCAGUAGGCUGGGGCCGCUUCGGCUCCGAGGAGGUCUUCCAGACAGAUCCCAUGGGCCACGUGCUCGAGGUCUACGAAAAGAUCAACGAGCUUUUCAAGCCCGAGAAGGAAGCAAGCAGAUUGGCGCGCGAGGAGACCAAGGAUGCCCCCGUCAUCCCCGAGAUCGAGACCCAAGGUCUUUUUGCCGAGCGGGAUGCGUCCUUCAAGCGCAUGGAGGAUGGGGACCCCGACGAAGUUGCCCUCUGGAAACGCAUCCGCGACGUCAGCAUCGAAAACUACGCCCAGGCCUAUGCGAGGCUGAACACCACCUUCGACGAGUUCUCGGGCGAAUCUCAAGUAUCGCCCGAGUCUAUUAAGGAGGUCGAGUCUAUACUCAAGGAGAAAGGGUAUUAUGAAGAAGCCGAUGGGUCAUGGACGAUUGACUUUGCCAAGCACGGCCAGAAGGGCCUCGGUGUCGCAUUUGCCCGCGACCGUUCCGGCAGCACCUCCUACCUCCUCCGCGACAUCGCAGCGGUGCUGGACCGAGCCAAGAAGCACAGCUUCGACAGAAUGGUGUAUGUGGUCGACCAAUCGCAAGACGCGCACUUCCAAAAGGUCUUCCAGGCCCUCCGCUUCAUGGGCCGGGACGAUCUCGCUGACAAGCUUGAGCACAUCAACCUCGGCAAGGUUGUCGACAAAUCGCCGCAGCCUGACAAGGUCCAGCUGCUGGGCGACAUUGUCGAUCAGGCCGCCAGUGCUGUCAGGGAGGAGUUGGGCACCGAGCAGGGUCACCUCGACGGCGUCAUUGACAACACGGAUGCCACCGUCGCGGUCCUCGGUGUCACCGGUCUCAUCACGCAGGACGCGCUCAACAAGAGGUCGAACAGCUACGCCUUCAGCUACAAGGACCUGGCCUCCUUCGACCAGGGUGCCGGAUUCGGUUUGCAAGUCGCAUAUGCGAAACUACACGCCAAGGUUGGGGCGGCUGGUGCGCAAGAUGCCACGUUGGACAAGGUUGACUACACGUUCUUGCAGGAGGAGUCAUGUAUGGAAGUCCUGCGUCUGCUCAUGCAAUAUCCGGAAAUCACCGCUGCUGCCUACAAAGCCCACGAGCCUUCACUGGUCAUGACGUACCUGCUACGCCUGACCGAAGAACUGGAGGAGUUCUUGUACGACGAAACCGGGGACGACGAAGACGAAGGCGGCGGUGAGGCUGUGGAGGACGGCGGCCCCGAAGCAGCCGAGCCCAACGAGCCCGACCCGCCAGAGAAGACCUUUGCCGAGGCCGUCUUGUUCAAACACGUGUUGAGAGUGCUGGCCAACGGACUGCGCCUACUUGGGAUCUCACCGGUUGUAGGUUGAGAGUGGGUCGCAAACAGGAGGGAGUUAUAGACAAGCGCUCUGUUAGCUGUUUGUACAUCUGGGUACCUAGGCACCUAGAUCAGGACGAGGCAUUCAAUCAAACACGCCAUUGUCCUUUUUGC